UUCUAUUUCUUCCCCUUCAUCUUCUCUUGGGCUGUUCUUAUUUUCACAGUUUCAGUUUCGAAGCAAAGGGAUCCGCUCUAAAGGUCAACUCUUUAAACAGAUCAAAAUGGGGACGAAGAUAGCAGCAGAGCCCAGGAAGGUGUUGCUGACUGUUGCAACUUCAAUAUUUCUAUUGCUUCUUCCUCUGAUAUAUGCAAUGGUCUUCUCCCCUUACAAUUCCCCACUCAAUUUCUGGAAGGAAGUAUCAAAUAGGAGUAAUGGUGGUGGUGGUGGUGGAGAUGUCGUAAGCAGUGGAAGCAUCAACAAUGGCGGCCAUGGAGAGGAAGAUUCAUCACUAAUGUCUCUGCUAGGAAGACUAUUAAAAGGAAAAGAUCGAAAGGAGUUAGAGACCACUGGCUUUGCCUGUAAGUCCGAUCCCCUCACCGACGUCUGUAUUGCAAAGCAACCGGUGUGGAUGAAGAUAGACGGUGUUGCCUUGACCGUAUACCUCUCAUCAUCGUCUUCCAUUAAUCAGAGUCAGAACCUGCAACAACUACAAUUGCAAGAGACGCCAUUAAUGGUAAGACCUUAUGUGAAAAAGAACGAUGACCAUGCCCGCAAAUACGUCAAUCAAAUCAAGAUUCAGGCUCUCAUGGAUCAAUCCAACACCAAUGGUACUACCCCAGGUAGCUGCGAUGUCUCUCACGAUGUCCCAGCUGUGGUCUUCUCUUUGGGUCUCACAGGAAACAUCUUCCAUGAACUGAACGAGAUCGUAAUCCCACUCUUCCUCACCACCCACCACUUCCGUUCCCAAAUCCGAUUCGUCGUCACCGAUUUCAAUACCUUAUGGGCUCGCAAAUACGCCAAAAUUCUCUCUCAUCUCUCCGAUUUCGAAAUCAUCAAUACUUCCCAAGACAAAAGGGUACAUUGCUUCCCUGGAGCCGUCGUUGGUUUACACUACCACAACGACAACCUCGUUUGCCGGAAAAGCGAACUACCGGUAAAAUGCUCCAUCCCAGAGUUCCGGCAAUUCCUCAGAGAGGCAUUUAAUCUGAAAUUCAAGAACGAGGCAGAAGCCCAUCAAGAUCAGAAGCAAAAACCCGUUCUUGUUCUUCUCUCACGACGCCAUUCUCGGAGCUUCGUAAAUUUAGGUGAAAUGGUGAGGGUGGCUACUGUGUUAGGGUUUCGAGUCAUCGUAGCAUCGCCGGAGUUGACGACGAAUCUAAACGAGUUCUCCGGUGUAGUGAAUAGUUGCAGUGUUCUAGUGGGUGCCCAUGGAGCGGGUCUUACCAACGAGGUGUUCUUACCGGAGGGUGCAGUGAUGGUGCAGGUAGUUCCCCUGGGUCUGCAGUGGGCUUCUACUAACUACUACGGAAAUCCAUUAAAGGACAUGGGUGUGCACUACUUGGAGUACCAGAUCAGUCCAGAGGAGAGUACGCUCUAUGACAUGUACGGCCCUGAUCACCCUGUCAUCACUAAUCCUGAUUCCAUACACCGUCAGGGUUACAAAAUCAGUAGGCCUAUCUAUGUUGAUAGCCAACAGGUGAGGCUUAAUCUCACCAAGUUUGAGGAUACCCUAGUCCAAGCACUUCGACUUCUUGACCACUAAUUUAAUGGACUGUGGAUUUCAUUCUCUUUCUUUAUGUAAAUAAAUUCAGAUUUAGUGUAAACUACAGUCACCACUACGCUAGUAUUAGUACAGUAGAGCUGGAAUGAAUGCACAAAUUUUUUUCUAUC